AUGGAAUUCCGAAAGUUAGUAUUUGUUGCAUUCUUCGUUUUAAACCUAAUGACCACUCAAGUGUUGGCUGAAUGCACUUGUGAAAAAGAAGGAAACGAUCAGGGAAAAAAGACUGAAGCUCUCAAGUACAAACUGAUCGGCCUCGCAUCGAUCUUCUCUUCGGGAGCCAUCGGUGUUUCUGUACCAUUCAUUGGUAACAUCGUCCCGGCUCUUAACCCCAAUAGGGAUAGCUUCUUUGUUAUCAAGUCAUUGGCAGCUGGUGUCAUACUAGCUACUGGUUUUGUUCAUAUACUUCCUGAUGCACAAGAGAGCUUAACAUCUCCGUGUUUGAAAGAACAUCUUUGGGCAGACUUCCCUUUUACGGGGCUCGUUGCGAUGGUGGCUGCGAUUUUAACUCUCUUAUUUGAGGCUUUUUCCGCGGCUCAUCAGGUCAGUUUACAGCCAGCCGAAGUACCUACGGAUGAUAAUAACCCUGAAGAAGUAAUUAUUAGUCAUAUUGAAGAUAUCGAAAACCCGCCUGCACAUAGUAAUCAAGUGACUGCUCAUACUCAUGCGACGCAUGGACAUACUCAUACCUCUGCUGGUUUGUCACAAGUAAAUCGAUAUCGAAUAAUUUCCAGGGUGUUGGAGCUGGGUAUUAUCGUACAUUCGGUAAUAAUAGGAUUGUCGUUGGGUGCUUCUGGAAACCCAAAAAGCAUCAAAGGCCUUAUUAUUGCAUUGAGUUUCCAUCAAUUCUUUGAAGGAAUGGGUCUCGGAGGUUGCAUCUUUCAGGCGCAAUUCACAUCAUUAACUGUUACGAUGAUGGGAGCAUUUUUUAGCCUUACAACCCCAAUCGGGCUUGCCAUAGGCAUAGCUGUAACCAACGCUUAUAAAGAGAAUAGUUCCACGACUCUAAUCGUUGAGGGUAUAUUAAACGCUGCAUCGGCAGGAAUCUUGAUCUACAUGGCACUUGUUGAUCUUCUUUCACCCACGUUCAUGAACCCAAGGAUGCAAAAUAACAAAAUGCUUUAUUUGUGUUCAAGUGUUUCACUUUUGUUAGGGGCUGGUCUUAUGUCGCUCCUUGCAAUAUGGGCUUGA